AUGGAAAGUGUGUCAGCAGAUAAACAGCGGGCCCUAGAAGAAACCAAAGCCUACACUACCCAGUCCUUAGCAAGUGUAGCCUAUCUGAUCAACACCUUGGCUAACAAUGUUCUCCAAAUGCUGGAUAUUCAGGCAUCCCAGCUGCGGCGUAUGGAAUCUUCAAUCAACCAUAUUUCACAAACAGUGGACAUUCACAAAGAGAAAGUUGCUAGAAGAGAAAUUGGCAUUUUGACUACAAAUAAAAACACCUCAAGGACCCACAAAAUUAUUGCACCAGCCAACCUGGAGCGACCAGUUCGUUACAUUAGAAAACCUAUUGAUUACACAAUUCUAGAUGAUAUUGGACAUGGAGUGAAGGUUAGUACACAGAAUAUGAAGAUGGGUGGGCUGCCCCGUACUACGCCUCCUACCCAGAAACCACCCAGCCCACCAAUGUCAGGAAAAGGGACUAUUGGGCGUCAUUCUCCCUAUCGCACACUGGAGCCAGUGCGUCCUCCAGUGGUACCAAAUGACUAUGUACCUAGCCCAACACGUAAUAUGGCUCCCUCGCAACAAAGCCCUGUUAGAACAGCUUCUGUGAAUCAGAGGAAUCGCACAUACAGCAGCAGCGGGAGCAGUGGAGGGAGCCACCCAAGUAGUCGAAGCAGCAGUCGAGAGAACAGUGGAAGUGGAAGUGUGGGUGUUCCUAUUGCUGUUCCUACUCCUUCUCCUCCCAGUGUCUAUCCAGCUAACGCUGAAUGGUUGGGAAGCUUUUCUAAUCCUUGCUAACCUGAUCUCCUUAUUAACUUCACCUCUUCCUCCUCUCUUCACGUAGCCCCUGCUGGCUCAGCUGGCACUUCUCCCCUUCCUGCUACCUCUGCACCUGCCCCUGCCCCUCCUGCUACUGCCCCCUCCUCUGCUGCCCCAGAUGCUGCUGCUGCUGCAGGAGCCCAGCCCCUUGCUGAUGGCUUCACCUCUCCAACUCCCCCUGCUGUU